AUGGCUUACAAUUCAAACAUUGAACCACCCACAGCUACUGUCUUCUCCCCGUUGCUUCUUGACCCCAGUAUUCAACCCUCCAGAGACAGGCUUCAUUCCAUUGCCAGAGCCUCCUCUUCAUUCAUUCGAACAUCUCCCAAGAUGGACUCGGAGAGCUAUAUGUUUGGACCCCACAGGAUUGACUUAAAGCAAGUGUUUUACUCUACCCAACUUUCUUAUGCUCUGGUCAAUCUCAAGCCUGUCGUUCCUGGUCAUAUCCUUUUGUCUUUCCAUUUUAAUAUUAAACGCUUUGUUGAUCUCUCUGCUGAUGAGACUAGUGAUAUAUGGCUUACGGCUCAGAAGGUUGGCCAGCAGCUUGAGUCCUAUCAUAAGGCAUCUUCACUAACAUUUACAAUCCAAGAUGGACCUCAGUCUGGACAGACCGUUCCUCAUGUUCACAUUCACAUACUACCACGCAACAGUGGCGAUUUCGAGAAAAACGAUAAGAUUUAUGAUGCUAUUAAUGAAAAGGAGAAGGAACUUGGGCAAAAGCUUGAUUUGGACGAAGGAAGGAAGGACAGAAACAUGGAAGAGAUGGCUGAAGAGGCAGCUAACUACAGAAAGCUUUUCACAUAG